AUGGCUCUCGUCACCAUAUCCGGAUUCCCGUGCUCCGGAAAGACAACACGCGCACGCGAACUCGCCGCCGACUUUGAGCGCCGUGCCGCCGUCGCUGUUGCCUCGGGCAGCAGCGGCUCAAAUUUCACCAUUGUCGUGGUGGAUGACGAGGGCUCGCACGUUACACGCUCGGCAUACGACGACUCACGGGCCGAGAAGCCUGCCCGCGCUUCGCUCUUCACGGCAGCCACACGCUCCCUCAACCCCAGCACGAUCACCAUUGUUGACUCUGCAAACUACAUCAAGGGCUUUCGGUACCAGCUCUACUGUGCAGCCCGCGAGGCCGGCGUGCGCGUAGCAACUGUCCGUAUCGCUGCUCCGCCCGGAAAAUGCAAGGAAUGGCACGAUGCAAGGUCCGAGGAGGACAAGUAUGCCCAGGAGACCUUUGACAACUUGAUACAGCGCUACGAGGAGCCUUCGUCCAUGGUACGAUGGGACAGCCCCCUCUUUACGGUCCCAUGGGACGAGGACCUCCCGGCCGACCAGAUCUGGGCAGCAGCUACGACCGGCGUGAAGAAGGCGCCAACAGCGGCCGCAGCCCAUCGCCCAGUCCCACCAGCUGGCACCCUGCAGACGUUGACUACCACCACGACUGCCAUCGUCUCGGCCCUCCUCGCUCACCUCACGGCUGCACCGGGUGCGACCACUUUCCCAGUCCCUUCCCCGCCGGCACUGUCCCCAGGCUCUCUCGUCCUCCAACUCCCGCCCAACAGGCGACCCACGCUUGCUGAGCUACAGCGCCACAAGCGCGCGUUCGAGGCUGCCCAGACCCAGGCUCAGAGGUCCAAUGCCCGUAGCGCGGGUGUGUGGACUGAGCCAGAGGUUGCGGCUGCCUUUGUGACUUACCUCCAGACGGCGUUCGACGGAUGA